CGAAAGUUUGAGCCGAAUCCCAAACGGCUCUACUUGUAAACAAAACGCACUAGGUAGGUAGUAGAGUCUGAUAGUGUUGUCCCUACAUUUAGGGCGCCUACGUAGGGACUUUGCUGUGAUUGGGAACAUCGACAUAGUUAAACUUCCCUUAUCCCACCUUAUACGUUGUUUCUUGCUUGGGGAAAGAGGUUCAACUGUUAAACUGGCAGGCGACAGAAGGAUAAAAUGGUUUCGUGGAUUAUAUCCAGAGUUGUUGUGCUUCUCUUUGGCACACUUUAUCCAGCAUAUUACUCCUACAAAGCAGUCAGGACCAAGUCUGUAAAAGAAUACGUGCGGUGGAUGAUGUAUUGGAUUGUGUUUGCUCUAUAUACUGUAGCAGAGACGAUCGCAGACCUCUCCGUAGCAUGGUUUCCGUUGUACUACGAGUUAAAAAUGUGCGUGGUGAUCUGGUUGGUGUCGCCGUACACCAGAGGAGCCGGUCUGAUCUUCAGGAAGUUCCUGCACCCGCUGCUGGCCUCCAGAGAGAGGGAGAUAGAUGAUUACAUCGUUCAGGCCAAAGAGAAGAGUUAUGAGACCAUGGUGAACCUCGGAAGGCAAAGCCUCAGUGUCGCUGCUUCAGUCGCUGUCACUGCCGCUGUCAAGGGACAGGGUGCCAUCAGUGAGCGUCUAAGGAGCUUUAGUAUUCCUGACCUCACCCAGGUUCCGUCCAGCCAAUCAGCAUUCGCGAAACCGGCCCAGCCGGGCAUUGAGAGUGAAGACCCCAGCACCCAGGGCUCUGAGUACAAGCAGGCAGGACACAGGGAGGAAGUAGAUGGGACGUGUUCAGAGGACGACUCAUCGUUGCCAAAGGGUCUGCGCAGAACUCAGAGUGUGAAGAUGAGCCGUGCCAAAGUUGUACGCAAAGAGUCUCGUUACAGCUCCCUGAAAAUUAAAACCAGAAGGAGGCCAGUGAUCGCUGCCAACACGUUUGAACAGCCAUGAUCAACAGGAAACACGCCAGAAACCAGCUUGGAUCGUCCCAUUAGGCAAACCACAAAACCUUCGAAUGAACAGGCCUAGUCCUUUUUAAAACACACUCCUAAGGACCGUCUGUAUGAACAGGCCUAGUCCUUAUGUGUCACCCAACAAACUUCCCAGGAAAAGACCUCAUAGUCCAGUAAUGUACCAGCAAAGUAUGAACAAUUAGUCAUUCCGUAACACCCGUUAGUCAUCCCACAGUACAUGCCUGAUGAGCUGUGGUAUGAACAGACCUGAUCGUCCUGCAACACACACCAUAAAAACCUCUAUAUAUACAUGUCCCGUCAAUCCGUAAUCCGACGGACGGAGACAGAUUGUGCAAUAACACGUGACAAAAGCAUCCGUAUCAACAGGCCUGGUCAUUAUUAUAUUGAUGAUUUAACAGACACGAUCAUUCCAAAAGACACCCAAAGAGCAUCUAUGAACAGUCCGGAUCGUUCCACAAUACACUCUAAUGGGAAGCAUCUAUAUGGGCAAACCCUGUCAUCGCGUAAUACAAAUCCGUAGAGCCGUUGUAUGAACAAGCUUUGUCGUUGCCAACGAUCCUCGAUACGACCAGGCUUUGUCAUUCCGUAACACACACCCGAGGAUCCUCUAUAUGAAUGGGCUUCAUCGUUCUGGAACACACAUCUAAUUAGCUUAUAUACAAAUGGGCGUCAUCGUUCUGUAAAAAAAAAAAAAACUCGAGGAAUAUAAAUGGGUUUUUGUCAUUCUGUAAGCUACUCGAGGAGCCUCUAGACGAAUGGGCUUCGUCAUUCUAUAUCACACAUGAAGAUCCUCGUCAUUCCAUAAAAAAAAACACACCUGAGGACCUUGUCUAUGAACUGGCAUCGUCAUUCUGUAACACACUCCUGAGGAUGAUCGUCUAUAUGAGUAGGCUUCAUCAUUCCGUAACACGCCUGAGGAUCCUCUAUAUGAACGGGCUUCGUCUUUCUGUAACUCGCAUCCGAGGAGCUUAUAUAUAAAUUGGUUUCGUCAUUCCGUAACACACACCAAAGGACCUUCUAGACGAACGGGUUUCUUCAUUCCGUAACACACACCAGAGGAUCCUCUAUACGAAUGGGUUUUGUUCUGUAACACACACCAGAGGAUCCUCUAUAUGAAUGGGUUUCGUCAUUCCGUAACACACACCAGAGGAUCUUCUAUAUGAACGGGUUUCAUCAUUCCGUAACACACACCAGAGGAUCCUCUAUACGAACGGGUUUCGUCAUUCCGUAACACACACCAGAGGAUCCUCUAUAUGAACGGGUUUCGUCAUUCCGUAACACACACCAGAGGAUCCUCUAUACGAACGGGUUUCGUCAUUCCGUAACACACACCAGAGGAUCCUCUAUAUGAAUGGGUUUCGUCAUUCCGUAACACACACCAGAGGAUCCUCUAUACGAACGGGUUUCGUCAUUCCGUAACACACACCAGAGGAUCCUCUAUAUGAACGGGUUUUGUUCUGUAACACACACCAGAGGAUCCUCUAUAUGAAUAUGUAUGACUUCGACAUUCCGUAACACACACCAGAGGAUCCUCUAUAUGAACGGGUUUCGUCAUUCCGUAACACACACCAGAGGAUCCUCUAGACGAACGGGUUUCAAAGAAGAGGUGGCGUUUCAACUUUGGAUACAUCGUUGUCUGUAUCAGCGUGAACUGGGCUAGUAACACUGGGUACACCUACGCUUGCUACAGACGCGGUGUUAGACAGACCUGGGCCACCGCUGUCAGAGGACUGUGGUUGCAGGGCGAUAGCUUUGUAGCCACUUCUCCAUUUUAAUGUUACGAGCUAUUACCUAACUUCAUCAUAUAGCCGUGUGCUGGCGAUAAAUGACAUGCGGUCAAAUGCACACUGACGCAGGACUGUGAGUGGUUUGCAGUUUUGACCGUGAAAGACAGGUUAAUAUGAUUGGAUGUCAUGUAUUUGACCUUUACAACAUUGCAGUUUUGCUGUUUGUACACUGGAGGGGGCACAUGUUCAUUUUUUUUGGCCGUGAGAAAAACACGGAUUACAAUUUUAAUGUUAUUCAGUGAGGCGUAAUUAAAUGAACAGUAAUCUCAGCAUUUUGCUGACGUACCCCCUCCGUCACCUCACUUUGGGAACCACUGCUCUAUACGAAUGGCUUUCGUCAUUCCGUAACACACCUGAGGAUCAUCUAUGUUAAAGGGCGUCGUCAUUCUGUAAAAACACACCUGAGGAUGAUCGUCUAUAUGAACGGGCUUCGUCAUUCUGUAACCCACAUCCGACGAGCUUAUAUAUGAAUAAGCUCCAUCAUUCCGUAACACACAUCAGAGGAUCUUUAUAUCAAUGGGUUUCGUCAUUCCGUAACAUACACACCUAAGGAGGCUUGAUAAACACUUGGUCGUCCAUUAACACUCCAGAGCCUCAGUAUGAAAUCUAUAGCAAGUGUUUAUCAUUAAUCCCUUAGCUGUUUCACCUUGAGCCCCUCUCCCCCAUCCUCCCCAAUUCAACACUGGCCUAAAACGCUGGACUGGUAUAAGAUGACAUUUGACAUAAACACACCAUGAACGUUUGUGACGUUGACUGACAAUUUUCUUCAUUUAUGCAGAGGAUCAUUUUCCCAUCUUAAACGAAUAUAGCGGGGGGGGGGGUUGGCGUCGUCAUAGCGACAGCUUUUAAAACGGCUUUUCCAUUUAUUAAAGUGUAUAACAGCUCAGCGUCGGACGCUGGCAGAUAUUAUUUAUUUCAUCAAUUUAGACCGAGAACCGAAAUACUUAAAAUAGCCUGCCUAUUAAGAAUUAAUACAAAUUAAUAAUCUUCAUUCGUGAAUUUUCAUCAAUACUGGUCUUUAUUUGAUCUCAACAGCUAGUUAGUUUCUAACAGGAAGCGUAGUAAUCAUAUCGUUUCGGUCGUUUUGUCGCAAUACCAAAAAGCGGCCUUUAAUUCCUUAGUGGGUUUUAUAAGGAGUUUCAGGUCUACUGCUUUAACAUUCAUAAUGAAUGCAGCUAAUAUUAAGCACUUUUCCAACACUGCCUUGCCUACUUCUCUCAGAUGUGUGCGUCUGGAUGUCGCAACGCUCAGCGGCCUGUUUACAAUUCAUUCUUCGUGCAUCUUUUCUUUUUUUUUCCCCCCGUCUUGUAAUAAUGCUUAGUUUAGGGCGUGUACAGAUCAUUUAACUUAACACAAUAUUGUAUUUGUUUUCAUUUCACAAGUCGUAGUAUUCCCGUGUCCAGAAGGAAUCUACCUUUGAAGGCACAGUUUUGCCGAGCGCUUGUGCUCCGGCCCUGAAGGCUGUGUCCCCGUAAUUCUGUUCACAGGACGAGAAUCCCCCUACGAACGUUUGGACACUAUGGCAGAACCAACCGUUGUGCCGUUUUUCCCAAGCACGACGUCAUGAUAAUAUCGGAAGCUGGUAAAUAAAAGCGUUCCAAUUUAACGGCCUAGCACUCUUCGAACACGUGGAUGUGAACCGAAUGUGCGCUAAGCACCGUGCUUGUGCUCUGCGGUCUUGUUUAGAGUUGAACCGUGCGUGUAUUUAUGUAUCGAGACGCUUUCUUCCUUUUAAGUGUAGCUUUGUGGACUCGUAUUUUAGUCUAGUCCACUAGUGGACUUCAUCUGCACUUUUAAAUUCCGGAUCGGACUUAUCGGAGUAUCCUGAAACAAAAACAUGACCUAAUUAUUUAGUUUUAAAUUCAUGGACUCAAAACUACGCUCAAACUCUCUCUCUCUCUCUCUCUCUCUCUCUUUUUUUUUUUUUUUAACUUCUUCCCAGAAGAAAUGACGACCAAAAAAAUCGUAUAUUAACGUGUGUUAUAUUGUUCGUGUUUGUUACUACGGUGUCGAACUGUUCUGUUUUCUCGCCUGACGCGGGUGUAAAUGUGUAAGAGAGAACUCCGUCCCAUACUCGUCUAUUCGGCAUCCGUUCUGUAAACGUUAGAACAUUCCAAUUUGGCGUAGAUCCACGUAUGUGCAUUUGUUGGACUGAGACGUCGUGUAAGAUGAUCGAUCGGUUGCUUUUGUUGUGCGAGUUAAAGCAGAGUGGUUAAGGAGAGAAAACACUAACAUUAUUAUUAUGUACUCUCUUAUGAGAGAAAAUCCAGCAGCUGGUUUGAAGGCCGUAGUUAAGGCCGGAUCUACACCGGCACGUCCAGUCUGAGCGAGCCUGAAUGUCUCUGCAUCGAUUGUUUAAUAAAGUCGAAAUGCUUUGA